GCAGAUAUUUUCCCUUGUCAAAAAGUGAUUCCCAUUUCUAAACCAUUUGACACCGAAGAGAAGAUGAAAAGAACCACCUGAAUCCCACCCCACCGUCAUCGAUUAAUUCUCCUCCAACAGCUUCAAUCUCACAUCACAUGGGCCUCCUGCGCUGCCGGCUUUGGAGAUGCUGCCACCAAUCGCCUCCAUUCCAUGCCGGAGGUGAACCUCGGCCGGCGACGCCGUGCUUUGGAGGGACCUCAAUUUUUCAAAUUUAUACUUAUUUUAAAUUUAAUUUUGAGCUGGAAAUGUUUUUUCUGCACACACACACACACACACACACACACACACACUCUCUCACACACCUGUGAAGUUUGUUAGGAUUGUUAUUCGUUUUCUCUGCACACAACACACCACCUCACCACACUAGCUAGCAAUGAUGACCAUAGGUAGCAUAGGCUUAUUUGUUACCUUAAUCACAUGGGUUGGGUUAGCAGUAUGGUUAGUGAGUGAGUGAGUUGUGUGAGCGUGUGAGUAUAGGCUAAUUGGUUACAUCACAUGGGCUGGGUUGGGUUAGUGGUAUGGUAUAGUUCAGUGUGUGAGUAUAUAUAUAGGUUACGGUUAUUGACAAUCGUGUUGAGCAAGUCAUUUUCUCAGAGCGUUUUCUCAGUGCUACUCUCCGAUUCAACCAACAUGGAGAAUGUGAAGUCACCUGCUGCUACUGAGAUUGAACCAAACAACAUGGUUGCUGAUGAUUUCAACGAAAGUGAGAAUAAUGAGGACAAGGAGGGUACCUACAAAUACCCAGCAAUGAACAUCACUUUAGGAAGGUUCAGGCUUCGUGUUGUUGAGGGGCAAUUCAGCGAUUCCGAAGUGAUUGUGCUGCUGGGAAAGAAUGCCACCGGAAAGACGACCUUUAUUCGUAUGCUGGCUGGUUUGUUAAAGGCUGACACUGUGGAUGUGAAGAUGCCUGUGUUUAAUGUUUCAUACAAGCCUCAGAUGUUUGACCUCCAAGUCCCAACAACUGUCAGAUGCUUGCUGAAUGAGCAGAUUCCUGAUGCAUGCACUCUUCCCCAGUUUGUAUCAGAUGUUAUGGAGCCACUUCUUAUCAAUCAGUUAAUGGACCAAGAAGUCAUGGAACUUUCAAGUGCAGAGUUGCAGAAACUUGCUCUAUGUCUUUGUCUUGGAAAGCCAGCUGACAUCUAUGUGAUUGAUGGCCUGAGUACACAUCUUGGUCCCGAACAGGCCAAUUUUGUUGCCCAAGUCGUGAAGAAGUUUUUUCUUGGUGCAAAGAAAACUGCUUUUGUGGCUGAGGAUAAUAUGAGCAUAGCAAAUUAUCUUGCUACCCGGGUUAUUGUUUUUGAGGGUAAACCCUCAAUCACUUGUACUGCACAUUCCCCCGAGUCAUUGCUUUCUGGGAUGAGCUCAUUCUUAUCGGCACCUUGAUGACUGAGUACUACUAUGCUGUGAGGAUUCUAUUGGUUACUUUGUUCAUGUUGCAAGAUUUUGUUGAGAAAUUGGUGAAAACGUUAGUGUUGGAUGACUACUGAAUUCUAUGGUUUUUUUUUUUUGAUAAGCUACUGAAUUCUAUUGUUACUAUACAGCUUUGUUUGAUUGCUUUUCAAGGUUCACUGGUUUAGAAUUUUGUCCAUUGGUUCUGGCAAUAUGGCAAUAGCAUAAUCCCUGCUAUACAGCAUUGUUGAUA